GUGCUUCCCCGGACCUGUUUGUGUCGGCUAGUGCUUGCAUACUCUGGGAAAGGGUGAGGGUAGUGCGCUACAGAAGCUUCACCGUAGCGACUGCUCGAAGGCAGGUCUGCUGAUGGAUUUCAGUAUGACGUAUGUUGAGAAGCAGACUCACAUAACUAUAUAAUGCGCUCCAUCCACAGCCAUUGAACAUUCUCCAACACUGCACUACUUCAGCUUCGGUACACCCGCACAAGCUCUCAAGUCUACAACUCAGCCACUCAAACAACAAUCCAAACAGACCCACAUCGUCAACAUGGAGAAGAUCAAGCAGAAGGUCGAGCAGGUCUUGCACAAAGACUCCGCUCACUCCAACACCACGGGCACCACGGGCACCACGGGCACCACUCAUGGUAAUUAUGGAGGUGAUCCGUCCGGGCCUCAUUCUUCGCACAUGGCAAAUACAGCCGAUCCUCGCAUCGAUAGUAACGUUCACGGAGGUUCCGGGAACACGCACGCCAUGGGUGGUGGAUACGGGACUGAUCCGUCUGGCCCUCACUCAUCGCAUAUGACCAACAAGGCCGAUCCGCGGGUCGAUAGCGACUAUUCUGGAGGUAUUGGAAAUACACGCGCCACGGGCGGCGGGUAUGGAACGGAUCCUGGAGCCGGAAACAUUGCCUCAACCGGAGGCUACCGCUCGCACGAAACGACGGGUGCUACUGGCUCUGACCCAUCGGGCCCACAUAACAGCCGACUGGCGAACAAGCUGGAUCCGCGGGUGGGUUCUGACAAUACUGGAACGUACGGAAACACUUCUGGAACGAGCGGCCAGGAAUAUGGCCAUACCGCAGGCACGGGAGUACCUCACACCGGCCAUGCAGGCGGGCUCACUGGCACGACUGCCAAUGAUCCGACCGGCCCUCACUCCUCUCGCCUGGGUAACACGGCUGAUCCGCGCGUUGACUCCUCUAGAGUCGGGGGAUAUGGCAACACUGCUGGUACAGGUGGACCUCGCACCGGUCAUGGUCUUGCUGGAACGACCGGAGGUGAUCCUACCGGCCCGCACUCGUCACAUCUGGGCAACACGGCUGAUCCGCGCGUCGACUCAUCCACAGUCGGUGGAUAUGGCAACACUUCUGGUACAGGAGGACCUCAAACCGGCCAUGGUCUCACGGGUGCGGGUAUGACCGGGUCCGGAGUGGGUGGUCAUGGCUACGGCAAUACUGCACAGACAGGCGGUGCUCACACCGGCGCUGGAAUGACCGGGGCUGGCAUGGGUGGUCCUGGAUCAGCUCCCGAUACGGCCGGACCUCAUAAGUCGAACCUCAUGAACAAGAUGGAUCCUCGCGUCGACGCUGAUCGGGACGGGUCCAAGACGUACGGCGGCGACCGCACCUACGGUUAAACCACUCUGACCGCACGAUGGAGGAGAUGGAUGAUGGAUGGUCGACGAUGAUAUCCCGGCAUGGCUAAUGGAAGAAUGCCUUUCAGAUGUUAUGACUUUUGCCAUGGGAUCGUGGACAAAAAUCCCUUCUGCGUAGUGUAUUAUAGUUGACAUGAAAUAAUUGAUAUCACGUC